AUGCAAGCACCCGCACAGCCUCAAAUGAAUGCUCUGAAUUAUUAUGGUGUCUCUUCCAGCAAUGACACCUACAGCAUACCCUUCAAACUACAAUCCUCUUCAUCCUCCUCCAAUCAUUCCUCUAAACUCUCCAAUUCAUCCAGCAAUUCGACCACUUCAUCCUCCCACACCAAUCCCUUAAUAAUACCCUCCACUCAUAUAAAUUCAUUGGCCUCGGCUGCUGCACAACCUGCAGCCGCUCAAAUAAAUUUAUCAAAAUUAUACAACAAUCAAAAUGCCUCCUCAUCAUCGAACACUUCAUCCUCGACCAUAAUAACGAAUAUUGCGCCGGGGCUUACAGGCCCAUCGUUGCUAUAUAAUCAAGAGAAACGUGAUAAAUUUAUAUUGGAAUACGAGUGUUAG